CGCGCUCGGCAUCCUCCUUCACGCGCUCAUCGCGCUCACGCCCGGCCCAAACAACGCGGGCGGUUUCGGCGUGAUGCUCCUCGCCCGGUACUGCUUCUUCGUGCCCGCCGCCGCCGCCGCCGCGCUCACCGAGCUGCGACUCCUGCGCGGCCCGCUUUUCGCCCUCGCCCUAGCCAUCGUCGUCUCCAGCUCACUGCCUGCGCUUCUCCGCGGCGCCGACCACGUCUUCUUUGUCGACUGGUCGCUGCCGGUCUACACGGCCCAGGCACUAGUUCUCGGUCGCGCGUUGGCAAUCGGCUGCCGCUGUCGCGUGGCGGCUGAGAAUACGGCGGUGGCGCGAGGGGCGCGAACGAACAGCACUGGCUCGCCGCACGCGGCACGCGCCGACUCUAGCCGCCGCUCGUCGUCGUCAGCGCCGCGAGCCGCGCCGCGAGCCGCGCUGCAGGCCACGCCGCCGCCGCAACUUGCCGGCGGCGCCCAGAAAGCACUUCGCUGCGGCUUCGCCGCGUGGAUGGUCUGGUAUACGUUCGGCUUGCCCAUCCUCGGGCUGCAGGACAUGGGCAACGUGCAUAUGUUCGCGUCGCUGCGGCUGCACGGCGGGUCCAACCACCUCUUUUUGCCGACGGGCCUGCUGCAGGAGUGGCUGGUCAAUGACGAGCCGUCCUCGCCGUGGUCAGGCGGCGUCGUGCGCGUCGAGUCCGCCACGUCGCCGACCAUGCGCAACCUCUACCCAGCCGAGGUGACGCACAUCCUCUCGCCGCGCACGCGUGAGCUGCUGCGCACGAUUGGGCGCCAGUGGUUCCCGCUCAAGACUCGCAUCUUCGGCCCCGCACCGCACCCCGAGGAGCUCGUUG